AUGGAUCAUGACUUAGGCGAAGGGAAGUUGGAGAGUGCGCCAAAAUUCGACGGGAGCGACUAUUGGACUUGGAGUUUCCGAUUCGAACAAUGGGCAGAGGCGCACGAUCUUUGGGGGUACUUUGAUGGUUCGGAGGAGCGGCCUGCAUCGGGUGACGCACGGCUGAAGUGGGAGAGGAAAAAUCAGAAGGCAUUCGCCCAAUUCCGCAAUGCCUUGGUGCCAGAUGAGCUAAUUCGCUUGGUACGGGAGUUCGGCGGCAAGACCGAGUUGGGCAGCGCACCUGUUGAUGGCGGAGCAAGAGCGGUCACCCGAGUUCCUGCAGGCACAGCAGCGGCAUACACACGAGUGAAGGAGUUUUACCUUCAGCGUGGAUUGUGUAACCGGAUGGCACUCUCUGAGGAGCUCUCUUCCUUGAAGAUGAAAGAGGGGGAGGGGGUGGCUGCAUACUGGGCGCGUGCCGAGGACUUGAGGUCCAAGUACUUGGCUGCAGGAGGGAAGGAGGAGGUUGAGGAGUGGAUGAUGAGGAUACUCAAAGGACUACCUCCUCACUUUGAGAUGCUGAAGGUGGUGCUGAACAACCAAUCAUCAUCGCUCACUAAGGAUCAGCUGCUUACCUCUUUGAGGAGUGAGGAGAUGCGGAUUGGUGUCUCACCAAGAUCGGAUGGUGUAGCCACUUUUGGAGCGGGUACAAAAGUGGGCAGCAGCGGCAGGGGAAACUGUGACAAGGGAGGAAAGCAUGGAGGCAGCGGUAGCAGCAGCGGCACCAACUCGGGCAGAUGGGGUCAGGGGAAAGGCAAAGCAGGAGUGCUUGAUUUCCCUUGGGGGUCCAAGGGCAUGACUCCUAGGGGGUUGUGUCAUGGCUGCUGGGAUGAGGGACAUGCAUGGCAGCGAUGUCCUCACCGACCUAAAGGAGGAAUUCCGGCAUUCUUACAGCGGGGGGGUCGUGGGUCCAACGGCAAGGCACAGGUAGCGGAUGCGGAGGAGCAGGAUGACAAGUCAGAGGUAGCGGUUGGAGAGGCAGUUGCAGCAGUAGGAGGGGAGCAGCCGCGAGAGGGGUGGUGGAUUGAUAGUGGGGCCAGCCACAACUUUACUCCUUUUGCUUCAGACUUUAAGAGUAAGCUUGAGCCACCUGAGAUUCGGGGAGUUAGAUUGGGAGAUGGACGGGUGGUGAAAGCAGUUGGCAUGGGUGAGGUUCUAGUGGUUGGUGCUGGAGUGCGCACACCGUCACUGGGAGGAGUGGUGUAUGUCCUCAGCCUCAUUGACGACUUCACCAGACGAGUUUGGUCGUUCCCACUCCCCAAUAAGGAAUCAGCCACAGUCGCAAAAGUUCUUCGCCAGUGGCAUAAGGACGUGGAGUUGGAGUGUGGGUGGAAGCUGAAGGCUGUUCGCUCAGACAUGGGUGGCGAGUUCUUGGGGGAAGCUGUGAAAGCAUGGAAGGCUGAGUUUGGCAUCAAAACUCAAUUGAGCGUUGCAGAUACACCGCAGCAGAAUGGGGUGGUGGAGAUGUGGCACAGGACGAUGGCAGAGGGGAUUCGCACAUUUGCUUUGCCUGCCUCCAUCACACCAAUGGAGGCGUGGUCGGGCCAGAAGCCGCAUGUGGGCAUGGCUCGGAUUUGGGGUUGCAUGGGGAGUGUCAUGUUGCAUGGGCAUGAGAAGGGUGGCAAGCUUGAUGCACGCGCUGUCAUGUGUGUCUGUGUUGGGGUGGACAUGGAGAGCAAGGGUUGGCGCAUGCUGGACCAUUCUCUCAUGCGCAUUCGCAUUGCUCGGGAUGUUGAUUUUCUUGAGAAUGUGAUGUGGAAGGAUUGGGACAAGUCAAAGGGAUUUGGGGAGCUUCUGCAGGAUGCAGCUGAGAUUUCCCAGCUCCUCCCUCUUCCACUCUCGCCACCCUCAGCAGCGGUUGACGACGCUGAGAUGCCACCUUCAUCACCGCCACCGGCACCACUGAGUGUGUCGGUGCAGCAGCAGCCCACCCCUAUGCAGCAGCUCAGCGGCCCCUCGGUCAUUCAGCGGAGAUCCGCUCCACAGGCUUCUUCCUCUUCCUCCUCCUCUGGUCAGCGAGCUGUCACUCUAUCUACGAGUGACCCUAUGUCACCAGUGUCUACCUCCCCACCACCGGUUACAGGUUUGCAGGUGCUUGGUGUCCGGUCUGGUACAGUGGUGAGGAGGUAG